UUGACACAUAAACCUUGGUCAAUAAUUUCAACUGAAAACCCCUACUCAUCAAAGAACAUUAUUCUGAAGACUUUCUCCACACCAUCUAUCAUGGGCAAGAGAGUAGCCAUUGUUGGAGCUGGUGUCAGUGGCUUGGCUGCAGUACGGUGCUGUCUGGAGGAAGGGAUGGAGCCCAUCUGCUUUGAAAGGAGCAAUGAUGUUGGAGGCUUAUGGAAAUUCUCGGGCCACGCAGAGGAAGGAAGAGCCAGCAUUUACCAGUCAGUUUUCACCAACUCUUCCAAAGAAAUGAUGUGUUUUCCAGACUUCCCCUAUCCUGAUGAUUUCCCAAACUACAUGCACCACAGCAAGCUCCAGGAAUACAUAAAGUCAUUUGCUCAGAAGAAGGGCCUUUUAAGAUACAUACAGUUUGAGACCCUGGUUUCCAGUAUAAAGAAAUGUUCUAGCUUCUUGGCCACUGGCCAAUGGGUGGUUGUUACUGAAAAGGAUGGGAAACAAGACUCUCUGCUCUUUGAUGCUGUAAUGAUUUGUUCCGGGCAUCAUGUGUACCCCAAUAUGCCAACUGACUCUUUUCCUGGCCUAGAGCACUUUCAAGGCAAGUGCCUGCACAGCCGGGAUUACAAAAGCCCAGGAGAUUUCCAGGGAAAGAGAAUCCUUGUGAUUGGCCUGGGGAACUCAGCAUCUGACAUCGCUGUUGAACUCAGUCGUCUGGCUACACAGGUCAUUAUCAGCACUAGAAGUGGUUCCUGGGUCAUGAGUCGGGUUUGGAAUGAUGGGUAUCCUUGGGAUAUGGUAUAUGUUACCCGCUUUGCAGCCUUCCUCCGGAAUGUCCUUCCUUCAUUUGUCUCUGAUUGGCUAUAUGUCAAGAAGAUGAACACAUGGUUUAAGCACGAGAACUAUGGCCUGAUGCCUUUAAAUGGUCCCCUAAGGAAAGAACCUGUUUUCAAUGACGAGCUCCCAGCCCGCAUCCUGUGUGGCUCAGUGACCAUUAAGCCUAGUGUGAUGAAGUUCACAGAGACCUCCGCUGUAUUUGAAGAUGGGACUGUGUUCGAAGCCAUUGACUGUGUCAUCUUCGCAACAGGCUAUGCUUAUGCCUAUCCCUUCCUGGAUGACUCCAUCAUCAAAAGUAGAAACAAUGAGGUCACCUUGUACAAAGGCAUCUUCCCUCCUCAAUUGGAGAAACCAACAAUGGCAGUGAUUGGCCUUGUCCAGUCCCUUGGUGCUACCAUCCCCACAGCUGACCUUCAGGCACGCUGGGCUGCUAAAGUGUUUGCAAACGCAUGUACCCUGCCAGCUACAAAUGAAAUGAUGGAUGACAUAGAUGAGAAAAUGGGCAAGAAACUGAAGUGGUUUGGCCAGAGCCACACUCUGCAGACAGAUUACAUCUCAUACAUGGAUGAGUUGAGCUCCUUCAUAGGGGCCAAGCCUAACAUACCCUGGCUCUUCUUGACUGAUCCCCGGCUGGCCCUCGAGGUCUUCUUUGGCCCCUGUAGUCCAUACCAGUUUCGACUGAUGGGACCGGGAAAGUGGGAUGGAGCCAGAAAUGCCAUCUUGACCCAAUGGAAGAGGACAGUGAAGCCAACCAGGACAAGGGCAGUCGGUGAAGCACAGAGACCCAGUCACCUGUAUGACUUUCUAAGAAUGCUUUUCUUCCCAGUGAUCCUUCUGGCUGUUUUGCUCACGUUUUAUUAAUAGUAAAAUCUUUCCAGUGCCAGAGUCUAGCCCACAGUUGUAAUCACAGAGUACAAUAAACACAUGGAGGCACACACAAUCACCAAAGGCCCCUCCUUUCCUUCCGGCAGAUGUGAAAUGAA